GAUAGCUGUCACCCAGUUUAAUGAUCAAACGCACAUUGAGCAAGGAGCCGACAGGGGAGACUUGAGCACAUCUCAGGUAUAGGGGACGAUGCAGCUUGGUGCGAAGGCGCCGCCGGAAAGCUUGCUUGGGCAGCAGUGAUACGAAGAACAAGGACCUCGUUUAUUUUCUUUUUUUUUUUGUUUUCCGUGUGCGUUUCUCCCUCAGUUCGGUCUGAACUCAUUCUCAAUAUCCAUCCAACUGUGGCGGAGCUGCCUUUGCUUCUGUUAACGAUCGCCCCCUCACCACUUCCUCAAGUUUGGAAUUUACAAUACAGACGCACGUUUUUUGUUGUCUUGUCUUAAACUCCGUCUGAGAUGAAGGCGAAAAAAGGUGUGUUACUACUGUCUGGUAGUGAGACAGACGAUGAUGACAGUAUGGAUGUUCCACUUGACCUGUCAUCUACAGGCAGUGGGAAGAGGAAGAGGCGGGGAAAUUUACCAAAAGAAUCUGUCCAGAUUCUCAGAGACUGGCUGUAUGAGCAUCGUUAUAAUGCCUAUCCAUCUGAACAGGAGAAGGUACUUCUGUCCAGACAGACAAACUUGUCAACAUUGCAGGUGUGUAACUGGUUCAUCAAUGCUCGUCGGAGACUUCUGCCAGAUAUGUUGCGAAAAGAUGGCAAAGACCCUAACCAGUUCACCAUCUCAAGAAGAGGAAGUAAAAUUUCAGAGACUAGUCCACUGGAUGGUUCCACAGUUUCUAAACCAUUCCUUUCAGAGAGUGUGGAUGAAGGGACAUUCCAUCCCUGUAACUUUGGACCAGAUUAUGCCAAGAAGCCCCUUUCACCAAAAACUCCCUCUCCAGGCCCUGUUCUUCCUAGACCUUCUGUAAUUUGCCACACUACAAUUACUGCACUGCAGGACAGCCCUCUGCAUUACUGCCGUUCCAACAGCAUGGAUGAAACAACAGAUCUAAAUUGCACAACUGCUCCUGACCUUUUUAAAUGCCACAGGCAAGCAGAUUCAGAAGGUACUCCAAGCCCUCAAAGUGGGCUUUUCAACACUCCUCCCCCAACUCCACCAGACCUCACGCAGGACUUUAGUGGAUUUCAACUUUUGGUGGAUGUUGCACUGAAACGCGCUGCAGAGAUGGAAAUGCAGGCAAAACAACUAGUGUCUUAAAAAUACUGGAAUUUCAAAAGAGACUGUGGAAGAAAAGAAAAAGAAACUGUUGUAUACAAAAUUUAUUUUUUGGUUGGUGUCAUGGAUGAUGUAUACAUUUCAUGGAUUACAGCGCCUUGUUUAUUUUUGCACAUGGGACCAAGAACAAGGCCACUUAUAAAGUUUGUCUGGAUAGACUUUCUUUUUUUAUAUAAAUAAGGGAUGUUAUGGCUACUGUAGAUAUAAAAAAAAAAA